AUGAACAAAUCAAUUUUAGUUCUUGCAAUAUUAGUUUGCACUGUCAUGGCUGCUGGAGUCAAAGCCCCUGAUACCAGAAAAUACAAGUUUGUUAUUUUCACUGAAGAGUGUUUUGACACCUUUUUCACUAAGAAUGAUUUCUUGAACGUUCCUUGCAUCAAGUUUACUUUAUCUAAGAUCCUUGGUACUAGUAUUGUAGUCUUUUCUACUAUCUUGAAGGUUCCCUAGAUCCUUAAGAUUGUUAAGAAUAAAUCAGUUGAAGGUUUAUCAUUCCCUGCUCUUGCUUCUGAAACAUUUUUAUACUUCUUCACAGUCAGCUACAAUUUGUACAAGCAAAAUAGUUUCAGUUUAUAUGGUGAAAACGUCUUCAUUAUUAUCUAAAAUAUUAUCAUUAUGGCUCUCUUUUACGUCUAUGGAAAGAAUUUCAGCCUUGUUAAGUUGUUAAGUACAUACAUAGUUUUUGGUGUUGUAGCUGGUCCCCUCCUUUUAUAGAUUGCUCCCACUAAGCUUUACGAUUUUGCUAUGAUCAUCAACAUGGUCUUAUUUUUCUUCGGAAGAGCUCCUCAAAUUUAUUCCAACUUCAAGAACAAAAGCACUGGUUAACUUGCUGCUUUUACAGUUUUCUUGAAUCUUUCUGGUUGCAUUGCUAGAACUUUCACUGUUCUCACUGAAGCUCCUGAUUUCUUUGUCUUACUCAAUAAUUUCGAAGCUGUUAUCUUAAAUGGAACCAUUUUCGCUCAAUUACUCAUCUACUGGAAGAACACUCCUGCUCGUCAUUAACAACAAGUUAAGAAAGAUUAAUGA